AUGCAGAAACCUCAGAUUGGGAACGAAGACCAUAGGAGUGUGUUCACGGACUUGAAAGAAGCAGUCGCUGGACUGCAAAGGAGCAUGGAAGCGAAAAUGGGAGAUCUCCAGGAAGAGAUUUCAAAACAAGGAAGAAGGGUCACCGAACUAACCAGUAAGAUGGAUGCAUUUGGAGAAGAUAUCCAGAGAAUCAAAGACUCCCUUCCGAAAGUGGAAGAUAACGACGGAGGUGAACGUCCCUCGACAGACAAUGAGAAGAAAGACACCAGUACACCUCCAUCGCGCACUGCUGUAGAGGAAGCGCCUGUCAAGCCGCCAUCCGACGGCGAAGUUGCUGAGGAUGUACUCGAAUUCGAAUAUGAGGACGUUUAUCAAGAUAUCGAGGACGGAGUCCCAGAAGAAGAACGAAAUGCGGACGAAGAGAAAAGGAUGAGAACUGAAACAAAAACUUCACUCGAACGACAAGUACCGCGAAGAAUCAUUGCUUUUGUCAACAUUCUGAGGGCGGAAGAGACCUACAUUCGUUGCGGCUUCUGUAACGAGAAAGGACAGCACUACAGUGACUGUUGCCCUCUUUAUAGAGAUGUUGAUGCGCGUGAAAGACGAGUCUGGUGCCGAAAUUGCCUCGACACUCUACACUCUACUGAUAGAUGUUGGCGACGAAGGAUGAGGUGCAGAUAUUGCGGUCUAGAUUCUCACCAUAGCGCGUUGUGCUCACUACCGGAGAGAAUCGAAAGAAACGAGAGCGAAUACCGAGACCUUUCGGCGCAGCUGGCAGAACUGGAAGAUCAAUAUGGAGGACCAUCUUCAUGA